UGUUGUUCGCAGGAUCAGAAGCUGUCAAAAUCAUAUGGUUGUUUGACAAAACAAAAUUUCCAUCACUUCGCGAAAUUUUCGGUGCGACGCAAGUCUAUCAAAAUUAUAUAAUUUUCAACAUAAAGAAUGAUUCGUGGUGUCGUUCGCAGUUCUCCCUUUGUUUUGGGAGCUGCUGCCGUCGUGAAAGCUUCAGAAGAAACCGGUGCCAAAUCGGGAGACGCUAGCAAAACCAAACCGAUUAUAUGCAAGCCAUCGGAGUUGCCCCUGUACCGGCCAAUCAAUCAGAAAAUUGCCUGUGAAUGCGAAGGCCAUAAGGAGAGUGCCCCGUCCAAGCCGGUGCAGGCCAUCGAGGAAGGCAUCCGUGUGGUGCGGGUUCAAGUGUCCGAAGCAUCCCACCUGCUGACGGAUCAGAAGAAACAGGUUGUCCAGUGGUAUGAGGACGGAAAGAAGCAAACAAAAUUCAUCCGUGAUUAUCUAAAUGAAGAGGACAACACGAUGCCUCGCGUAGGUGCAGUCGCCAUCGGUGGACUUGCGGGUUUGAUUUUCGGUCUGCGUGGAGGAUUCAUCCGUCGUUUGCUGUACACGUCGGUCGGUGCCGGUGGCGUUGCGUCCAUAUGUUACCCCCAAGAAGCCGAAAUGUACGCCCAGCAUGGUUUAGUGGAAGCGAAAAAAUAUGCCACCAUCGGUUACAACUUUGUCUACGGUGUGAAGCCUGGCGAUAAACAAUUAGAACUGCCAACAAUUCCAACCAGCAUGGGUGAACUGAAAGACAGCGUUUCCGGUCUAGCCAAAUCUGCCUACAAUGCAGUAUUUCCCGAUAAAAAGUAAAUUUUGAGCAGUGUUAAACUUGGUUGGAUGUGUUGACUUCUUUGGAAAAUAAAAAGUGAUGUAGUAAACAACUAA